CCUGUUUCGCGAGAGACAGACAAAGAUAGACAUACACAAGAGAUUGCUGGAAAGAAAAGUGAAAAAUAAUUUUUUUCUUUUUUGACACUCUCAGUGCUCUCGCGAAUUCUUAAUAAACAAAAACAAACAAAAAAAAAAAAAAAAAGAAAGACAUCAUACAAUAAACAACACGAAAGGUGUUUUUUAUUGUUGCAUAUGAAAUAAAUAAACGACAAAGAAAAGUGAAAGAGGAAAAUCAGUGAAAAAAAAUAAUAAUUUUUUCCCAUUAGUGUAUCUGUGUGUGUGUGAUAUUUUUUUCUUCUUUUCAAUUAAAUAAUUUUUUUUUUUGUGUGUAUAUUAUUUGAUUAAAAUUUUUUUCGCGAGUGUAAAACACGUGACAUAAUUAUUAAAAAAAAAAUAAUAAUAAUAAUUGAAAUAAAAUUCGUGUUUUUUUUCGUGUGUUAUUAUUUUAUUUUUAUUUUUUUUUUGUAUGUGUGUGCAUUAAAUGUGAUUUUGUGAAGCGAAAGCAUGGCUGGUGUAUUUGAUAUUGAGCUUCACGAUGAAGAGACAAAUAAAAAUACAAAUCAAGAUGAAUCGGACGAUGAUGUUAUCGAAGCGAGAGAGGGGGAAUAUGACAUGAGUCCUAAUCUUAAUUCCAUGCUCGAAUCCGAGAAUGUUGAAAGAGUUCAGCUAUCGGAGCAAAAUGUUAAUCCUGGACAGGAAAAAACGGGACCUCAAGAUUUUGAAUUGUGUAAAAUUUUAGGCGAAGGCGGUUAUGGAAAAGUAUUUCAAGUGAGAAAAGUCACUGGCAAAGAUAGAGGCAGCAUUUUUGCAAUGAAGGUUUUGCGAAAAGCAUCGAUUAUUCGAAACCAAAAAGACACAGCGCAUACCAAAGCAGAAAGGAAUAUUUUGGAAGCUGUAAAGCAUCCAUUUAUUGUUAAUUUAAUGUACGCUUUUCAAACUGGUGGAAAAUUGUAUCUUAUUUUGGAAUAUCUCUGUGGAGGUGAAUUAUUCACAUAUUUGGAGCGUGAGGGCAUAUUUCUCGAGGACACUGCGUGUUUUUAUCUAUCGGAAAUAAUUCUCGCCUUGCAACAUCUUCACAAUCAGGGAAUAAUUUAUAGAGACUUGAAGCCGGAAAAUAUUUUAUUGGACAGUGAAGGACAUGUGAAAUUAACGGAUUUUGGUCUUUGUAAAGAACAUAUUCAAGAGGGAACUGUAACGCACACUUUUUGCGGAACUAUAGAAUAUAUGGCACCGGAAAUUCUAACGAGAAGUGGACACGGAAAAGCAGUCGAUUGGUGGAGUUUGGGUGCCUUGAUGUUUGACAUGCUCACUGGAAUGCCUCCUUUUACUGGCGCGGACAGAAGGAAAACGAUAGAGAAAAUUUUAAGAGGACGUUUAACUCUUCCACAGUAUCUUACAUCGGAAGCGAGAGAUUUAAUUCGCAAAUUAUUAAAAAGACAAAUCAUUCAAAGGUUAGGCUCAGGACCGGAAGACGCUGAGCAAAUAAUGAAACACAAUUUUUUCUCUCACAUCAAUUGGCAAGAUGUUAUUUCGCGAAAAUUGGAGCCACCUUUUAAACCGUCAUUGAAAAGUGCAGAUGAUACUUCACAAUUUGAUGAACAAUUCACAGCGACAGUUCCUGUUGAUUCACCAGUUGAAAGUACAUUAAGCGAAUCAGCAAAUUUAAUAUUUCAAGGAUUCACUUAUGUGGCGCCGAGCGUUUUAGAAGAAAUGUACACACAACAACCGCGAGUUGUUCACGCCCGAAGUCCACGAAGGCCAUUUCUUGGAAGUGGAAAUAGCGGAAGUGUUCACAGUUUCUCGCCAAGAACACCUGAUGCUCAUCUUCGGCCAUCGGCUCAAUUUUAUCAGCACAGGCACCAUAAUACCGGAAAUGACAGUACGGAAGAUAUGGAAAUGGACGUGAGUCAUGCACCCGGACAUUUAUAGUGCUCAAAGUACAGCUCAACAGAAGUCACCAAAAUUCUCUAAUUCUCAUAAUAAAAAAGAAAAAAAAAUAAUUGAUUUAAACAAAAAGAAAAAAAGUAAAACAAAAACAAUUUAUUCAAAUUUAGCUCCAGUCAAGAAACUUUUCUUUCUGAAAUAAGAGAAAUAUUUUUGGUGGCUCAAAUUAGUUAAUUUAUCACGCAGAACUGAUCCCUUUAUCUUCAAAAUAAUGAAAUUUAGUCAAAUUUCGAUUGAGAAACAAAAAAUUGAUGAUAAUGAUGAUGAUGAUGAUGAUAAUAAAUUCGGAGACGAAGGAAUCGGCUCUGAUUUGCCAAUAGGAUACAAUUUUCCGACCUAAAAAGUCGAUGAGAAAAAAAAAAUACAAAUCGUCUCUCACAAUAGUCGAGAGGAAAAUUAAGACGUUAAAAAAAAAAAUAUGAAAAAGAAUUUUUGAAAAAAGAAAAAAUGAAAAAAAAAUACAAUUUUCUCUAUUCUUAAUUAUGUAUUUCUCAAAGAAAAAAAAAUUAAUAUUCACUGAAAAUUCAAAAUAGUGAAUUAAAAAUUGUAAAUUAAUUAAAUUUUAUUCAUUGAUUUUUACUUUGUUUUGUUUGAAUUUAUUGAUUAAAUAUUGAUUUAAAAAAAAUAUGAUUGAAUAUUGGUCAAAAAAAAGGAAUUGAAUAUUAAUAAAAAAAAGUCGAUUAAAAUUAAAAGAAAAAAAUAAAUUAAUUUUGUAUUUAAUUACAAUGAAAAUUUAUAAAUUAAAAUGAAAAAAUUUGAAAAAUAAAAUAAAAUUUACAACAAAGUUUUCCCAAUAAAAAAAUUUAGACUAUUAUUUUGCAAAUAAAAAAUAAAUGUUUCUAAAAAAAAAAAUGGAAUUUGGAAAAAAUAUCAAAAAAAAAAACGUGCUUAAUUAAUUUUCAACUAUUGGAGGGACAAAAAAUAAAAUAUAUAAAACAGAGGUUUAAAAAAAAAUGAUUUUCAAACUGAAACACACAAUGCUUUGUAAAUAGUCAUGAAACUGAAAAA